UUGGUUUUGAUCUUGAGAGAUGAAGAUGAAGACUUCAUUUUUACCAGUGUUCUUAGUUUCCCUCAUAGUAUUUGACUCUGUUUCUGCACAAGAAAUCUGCUUUAAUGGCUUCUUUAAACCCAAUUCUACUUACGACUUAAACCGUCGUCAGAUCCUUUCUUCUCUUGCUUCUAAUGUCACAUCUAACAACGGUUUCUUCAACUCCUCGAUCGGUCAAAGCCCCAACAGAAUAUUCAUCAUUGGCAUGUGCAUCCCUGGAACUAAACCAACGACUUGUUCAGAUUGCAUCAAAGGAGCAUCCGACAGUUUAUCACAAAGCUGUCCUAACCAGACAGAAGCUUAUACAUGGCCAGAUUGUUGUAUGGUACGUUAUUCCAACAUUUCCUUCUCUGGAUCACUCCUUAUGGAACCAUCACGGGCUCUGUACAAUGAUGGAGAUAUAAGAGAUACUGAUGCUAAUAUGACAGUGUUUGAUAGAGUCUAUGACGAGUUAAUGGUCCGUACAAUAGCUGCAGCUUCAAAUCUAUCAUCAUCAUCAUCGUUUAAGCAAAAAUACUUUGCAGCUGAGGUCGCUUCGUUGACAACUUUCGAAACUAUGUACGCAAUGAUGCAAUGUACACCUGAUGUUUCUUCAAGGGACUGUGAGUUUUGUCUUAAGAAAAGCGCUGGUGAGUAUUUGUCGUGUUGUCGUGGUAAACAAGGUGGUGCGGUUAUAAGGCCGAGUUGCUUUUUCCGGUGGGAUUUGUAUCCUUAUGCUGGAGCUUUUGAUAAUGUUACAUUGCCACCGGCUCGACCGCAUGCUUUACCUCCGCCACCACCUUCUUUGACUCCUCCCCUAAGCGAUCCGGCAAAUACAACCAGCAAAGAUGGAAAGAUAAUUUCAACAGGUAUUAUUGUGGCAAUUGUUGUCCCUGCCGUCAUUAUGUUGGUACUACUCGUUGUAGGAUUCAUGGCUUGCAGAAAAAAGAAGUUAAGCCAAACGAAUGAAGUUCAAGCUGGUGAUGAGAUCACAACAACACGCUCACUGCAAUUCAGUUUUAAGAUGAUUAAAGAUGCAACUGAUAAGUUUGCAGAUCGUAAUAUGGUUGGCCGAGGUGGAUUCGGUGAAGUUUACAAGGGAAUUCUUUCAACUGGCACUGAAGUAGCGGUAAAGCGACUAUCGAAAUCAUCAGGACAGGGUUCUCAGGAGUUCAAGAACGAGGCUGUUCUUGUCACAAAACUUCAGCAUAGGAAUCUGGUUAGGCUUCUAGGCUUCUGUUUGGAAGGAGAAGAAAAGAUACUUGUCUACGAAUUUGUACCCAACAAAAGCCUAGACUAUUUUCUCUUUGAUCCUGCAAAGCAAAGCGAACUAGACUGGACAAGGCGUUACAACAUUAUUGGAGGGAUUUCUCGAGGGAUCCUAUACCUUCAUCAAGAUUCACGUCUUACAAUUAUACACCGUGAUCUCAAAGCUAGUAACAUUCUCUUAGAUGCUGAUAUGAAUCCGAAGAUUGCAGAUUUUGGCAUGGCAAGGAUUUUUGGAGUUGAUCAAAGUCAAGCCGACACAAGAAGAAUUGUUGGAACAUAUGGUUAUAUGUCUCCGGAAUAUGCUAUGCGUGGCCAUUUCUCCAUGAAAUCUGAUGUCUAUAGCUUUGGGAUUUUGGUUCUGGAGAUAAUAAGUGGCAAAAAGAUUAGCAAUUUCUACAACACUGGUGACUUUGGUGGCAAUUUGGUCGCACAUGCUUGGAGACUUUGGAGAAACGGAUCGCCCUUAGAACUAAUAGAUCCUAUCAUAGGAGAUAGUUAUCAAAGCAGUGAGGCUACUAGAUGCAUCCAUAUCGCACUAUUAUGUAUUCAAGAAGAUCCUUCAGAUCGUCCUUUGUUACCAGCAAUUAUUGUGAUGCUCACUAGUAGCACAACUACUUUACCUGUGCCUCGAGCACCAGGAUUUUGCCUUCCAAGCAGGCAUGAACUAGGCGCUUAUGGCUUGGAGUCUACGCAAUCGACAAGCAGGUCUAUUACGGGUUCUAUCAAUGAUGUAUCGAUUACAUAUUUCUAUCCUCGUUGAAAAAAAUAUUUUUCCUGAUAUUUGAAAUAUAGUGAAUCUAAUGGAAGUAUUAUCAACAUAUUCUCUAGUUAUUGUCUCUGUUUUACUUUUAUCUGACGUCAACAAUACUGUAUCUUAUACUUGUUACAUAUACAUAUAUUCUACAAC